AUGGAAGCCCUAAGCCAGUCAGCUUCCCAUCAUGCCUGCCUCAAGGGCUUUCCGUCCUCUCAAGGGGCUCACACUGCCACUCUUAUUUUGCUUUCUCAUCUGAACGUUCAUGGGUUUCAUUCCCCCUUCCCAAUAUUUGCAGUUGAUGGGAACCUAGUGGUAAAUAAGAAAGCCCGCCCUCUUCUGGCAGCUUUGAUUGGUGGGAAGGUCUGGCUAAGCCCUGUUUCAUCUAGUCUUCCAGUUGGGACCCUAGGCUAUACAAGUAAGGAGAGAGACGAGUCCGUGGACAACCCUGUCAGGUCCAGUUUGACCCUAGGUCUCAGUCCAGGGGAAAAGGCUGACCUUUUGGCUGGAAUUGAUCAUGAAAAGGGGGUUGGAGGAGCUGACAGGAGAGAUGAGUGUGAGAGCUGGGAUGGGCAGGAAGGGGCUCAAUCUCAGCACUUAACUACCACUCCCAAGGCAGUCAGCCACAGGAAGAAGUGUCCAGACAGGAGAGGAAGAGAUGGUGCCUACAACCUGAAGCAACUCCCAGAGAUAUCACCUAGCUGCCGAGUCCUCCCAAAUGUUGCCACAUCCCUCAGGAUGGCUUCUGAAUCUGCAGAUGACAAGGGGAUGGGAAGAGACAUCACUUCUAUUAAGGACUUUACCCAAACUCUUCCUUCAGGCCCAACUGAACCCUUCUUCUCCUUCUCCUUAGUGCCUCCACCUGUGCCUUACAUGGUGUCUGAAACACUCUUAAGAUUAAUAGGUCUGUCUCUUCUCCCACCCCCAAGCUCUGGAGCUUCUGGAGGGAAGGCAAGGCCCAGGCCUCAGUCUGUCUCCACUUCCAGGCCAAAGGCCUGCAGUCUAGUUGUAGAAGGAGGUAGGAGCAUCAGUUGGAGCUCCACACUGUGCAUACGACUCUGUUUCCUUUGCAUUGCAGAGUCCAGUGGUACAGGAUACCACCCCUUGGGAGUGGCGCCUGAGGUCUGAGGUACAUGGUCAGUGGGUCCUUGAAGGGGCAGACACUAACCAUGCUUCCCAGAAGACCUGAAAUUGUGAUGGGAGAAGAGGGGUUAGGAAGCAGAGGAACAGGGUUCUUGCCCCUGGGCACUCACAUGAAAGGAAGGGGAACAGCCCCUUGUGAACCUCCACCUGGGUGCUCAGCUUCAUGUGAGAUAUUUCACAAAGUCCCCAACAGACACAGGAAACAGACCCCUAGGAAAACAGGCCUCACCUAGGCAUAUCAGCCUGGCAGAGCUGGGAUUUUCACCAAAUCUUUGUGACCCUAAGGCCUGUGCUAGACAGAAGGGGUCCAAAGUAAUCAGCCUGCCAUCAGGAAAUAGUUCACAGUGGGAGCUCAGUGUUGAUCUCUGCUGUUGGUAGGUUGGGAAUUCAGCAGUGCUAGGGCCACAGUGGCCUUGGUAGGUUAGAAGAUCAUAUUGUCGAGGUACAUAACCUCCAUGCCUAUCUCUAUUGGUUAUAUAUUUGCUACAUAACAAAUUACCUCAAAAACAGUGGCUUAAAACAACGUUUUAUCUCACAGUCCCUGUGGUUAGGAAUCUGGGCUCAACUUAGCUGAGUUUCUAUUUCAGGGUCUCACAGCCAGCAAGGUGUGAGCUAGGGCUACAGUCAUCUCAAGGCUUGACUGGGGAAGGAUCUACUUUCAAGCUGACUCAUGUGGCUGUUGGCAUAUUCAGUCUUGCUGGCUGUUGGCUGGGGGUCACUCUCAGGUUCCUUGCCAUGUGCACCUUUUCAUAGGGUGGCUCACAAUAUGGCAGCUUGCUUCAUCACAGCAAUCAAGUAAGAUGAGCUAGAGAUAGAAGGAGAGUGCCCACAUGCCAGACAGAACUCAUAGUCUUUAUAACCUAAUUUCAGAUGUGACGUCCCAUCACUUUUGCAAUAUUCUAUUCGUUAGAAGUCAGUCAGUUACUGCCGGGCACAGUGGCUCACGCCUGUAAUCCCAGCACUUUGGGAGGCCGAGACGGGCGGAUCACCUGAGGUCAGGAGUUCGAGACCAACCUGACCAACAUGGAGAAACCCCAUCUCUACUAAAAAUACAAAAUUAGCUGGGUGUCGUCGUGCAUGCCUGUAAUUCCAGCUACUCAGGAGGCUGAGGCAGGAGAAUUGCUUGAACCCGGGAGGCAGAGGUUGCGGUGAGCCAAGAUCGCGCCAUUGCACUCCAGCCUGGGCAACAAGCGCAAACUCCGUCUCAAAAAAAAAAAAAAAAAAGAAAAGUAGGUCAGUUACUAGGUCCAGGCCACGCUCAAUGGGAGGGGAUUACACAAAGGUGUGAAUACCAGGAGGUGGGGGGUCCUUGGGGGUCAUCUUGGAGACUGACUACUAUAGUUUUCCACUGGUCCUGGUGAUUCAUGUUGCCUCCACAUGCAAAAUGCAUUCAUCACUUCCCAAAGUCUCUAAAAGUCUCAUCCAAUUACAGCAUUGCCCCAAAAUCCAGAACAUCUAAAUCAGGUCCAUAUAUGAAAGAGGCUCUUUGAGUAUGGCUUCUUAACUACUAUUUUUCUCCAUCUUUAGAUUUGUGAGACAAUUUUUUUUUGGUAAAAAAUUAUUUUUUGGCCGGGUGCGGUGGCUCACGCCUGUAAUCCCAGCACUUUGGGAGGCCGAAGUGGGCAAAUCAGGAGGUCAGGAGAUCGAGACCAUCCUGGCUAACACGGUGAAACCCCGUCUCUACUAAAAAUACGAAAAAUUAGCCGGGAGUGGUGGCGGGCGCCUGGAGGCUGAGGCAAGAGAAUAGCUUGAACCCGGGAGACGGAGCUUGUAGUGAGCCAAGAUCACGCCACCGCACUCCAGCCUGGGCUACAGAGCAAGACUCCGUCUCCAAAAAAAAAAAAAAAAAAAGAAAAUUAUUUUUUAUUUUUAUUUUGUUGUAGAGACGAGAUCUUACUAUAUUGCCCAGACUGUUCGCAAACUCCUGGGCUCAGACAAUCCUUCCACCUUGGCCUCCCAAAGUUCUGGGAUUACAGGCGUGAGCCACCGUGCCCGGCUGAUUUGUGAGACUUAAGAGGCACGUUGUCUGUCCCCAACACACCCAACGUACAAUGGUGGAAUAGCCAUAGGACAACUACUACAGACAUUCUGGUUCAAAAAGAGGGGAAAUGGGAGACAAAGGAGUUACUGGUCUAUAACAACUCUGAAAUCCAGCUGGGAAAAUGGAAGUUUCAUGAUUAGAUGUCAAGGCCUGGGAAUAAUAUUCUAAGGCUCUGCCCUCUGACCUCUUGGUUUUACCCUCUGUACCUUCCUUUUUCAUGAAAGGCAGCACAUGUUUGCAGCUGAACAGUUUCCCCAGUUUGCUUCCUGCCAGUAGAAUUUUGGGGGUCCAGUGGCUUUUUUUCAUUUUGUCCUGUCUGUAAUCAGCUGCCACCAAGAAAUAGUUCCACAGUGGGGCUUGGGUUACUGUUCUGUUGGCAGGUUGGGCACUCAGCAGUGGCUUAUAGCCAGAUUGGUCUUGGUGGAAGUCCAUAUUGUGGAGUCCAUGCAUAACCUCCAUGCCUGCCACCAUGGCCAUUUUGUUCAGGAAUCCACUGGGCAAAGAAAAAGGUGACAGAUAAGAGGCUGACUGACAUCACAGAACAGGACACCUACCUGUCUACUUGAUUGAGCUCCUCUUCUGCAGUGGACUCUCUCUGGUGCUUAUGUGGGACAUGAAUAUCUCUGCCCAUUGCAAGAGGGACAGCCAUAUGCUCUUCCUCAGACCUCGCCAAUAAUAUUUCAGUCCUGUUAUUUCCAAGUCCUUCACCAUUUAGCCGAAUCAUUAACAACUACUCAUGAAACAGUGGAAACCUAUCUAUACCUCUGACCAGCUAUGUGACCUGGCAGUUGUUCUACUGGGAGAAUUUCCCUUCUCACUGUCCUUCAGGAUCAACCCUAAGUAGGGCUGUAACACUACAGCUAGCUACUUCAGCAGGGCCAGCAUAUCAUGCAGGGCUAUGUAUAAACCAAGCUGGAAUAGAAUAUUGUAUCCCUUAGUCACCUGGUCACAGGGAAUUCCCCAUGAGGCUUCAGGUGUGGGUGAGAGAGGGAUGGCAGUACAGCAGAUGGGAGUAUGAUUCACUUGCUCAGGCAGCUUAUUCAUCAUCUAGGCCUGCUUGUGUAACUAUUCCAUUCGGUGGUGGAGUGCUACUGCACGUAGAUAACUUCAUGGCUUGAUGAGACAGUUAACACACAACUCACCAUGGGGAGCUCAGCUUGCCUGGGUCACUUGGAGUCCUAUGUUCAGCCAAUCAUUCACAAAAUAGACCCACUUUUCCAUUUUUA